GCUGUAGCUAAGAUCAGUCCACUGCAGCAGGCGUUUCAAGAACAGCAGCACAAAAAUAAUGACUUAACUGGAUGGAAAAAAAGGCACAUAUUUUCAGGAAGGCCUCUUUAUUCUUAGAAGUUACCCUUCAAGAUGACAAGUGGUGCAAACUCUUCAGGAUCUUACCUGCCCUCAAGAAUGAGAAGUUCUAAAAUAGAUGACAACUACUUGAAGGAAUUGAAUGAGGACUUAAAGCUAAGGAAGCAGGAACUGCUAGAGAUGCUCAAACCUCUAGGAGACAAAAACAACCUCUUAUUUCAAAAGUUAAUGUCUAACCUGGAGGAAAAACAAAGGAGUCUUCAGAUCAUGAGGCAGAUCAUGGCAGGGAAGGGGUGUGAGGAAUUCUCGGUCAUGGAGCUCCUUAAGGAAGCAGAGGAGAUGAAACACAACUUGGAAAGGAAAAACAAGAUGCUUCGGAAGGAAAUGGAGAUGCUAUGGAACAAGACAUUCGAGGCAGAAGAACUCAGUGAUCAACAAGAAGCACCACAGAUAAAAAACAAGGCAGACUUGCAGGAUGGAAAGGCUCCCAAAUCCCCCUCAUCACCUAGGAAGACUGAGAGUGAACUGGGGAAAUCAUUUGCAGAGAAAGUGAAGGAGAUAAGGAAGGAAAAGCAACAGAGGAAAAUGGAAUGGGUCAAGUAUCAGGAAGAAAACAACAUCCUUCAGAAUGAUUUUCAUGGCAAAGUGAUUGAGCUGAGAAUUGAAGCCUUGAAGAACUACAAGAAGGCCAAUGACCUGAAAUUAUCAUUGUAUUUGCAGCAGAAUUUUGAGCCAAUGCAAGCAUUUUUAAAUCUUCCUGGGUCCCAAGGUACUAUGGCCAUUACAGCUAUGGACAGAGUGACUACUGGCAGAAAUGAACACCAUGUGAGAAUUCUGGGAGCAAAGAUCUACACAGAACAACAAGGAACUAAAGGAAGUCAGCUUGAUGAUCCAGGAGGGAGGCUCUUUUUUCUGAGGUCACUGCCAGAUGAAGCACUGAAGAAUUAGCAGGCUUUCGCUCCAUUUGCUUUGGACAGAUUUAAAGACUAGGCACAGCCAUUUGUGUUAAUUAAAAUCUCUCAAACCUUU